CAGCAAAGCAUACCCCUGUAGCAGAUCAGACAUUGACAGAGCAUCAUUUGGAACUUCUACAGCAGGCUUCCAAUGAUAAGCAACUGAAAACAGACGGAGAAUUCAUUGUUCUAACAGCAGAUGCCGAGCCUAUUGAAAUUCUCUUGCACCUGCAACGUUAUGCGAGGACAAAAAGUAACGUAUACAGUAUUUUCGUGCGAUCAAAACAAGCUUUGGGAAGGGCUUUUGGUGUGUCACGUCCUGUAAUUGCAUGCUCAGUCAUACAGAAGGAAGGGUCCAGCAUAGAUCUUUUAGCAGUUCCUAUCUGA